UCUCGAAAGAGCAAUAUGGAGAGCAAUACCACGUCGGAUGUCGUAAUUUUGAGUGGCAAUUCCCACCCAGAAUUGGCUGAUCUAAUUGCAGAUCGCUUGGGUGUACGUAAAGGAGGAUGUUCAGUUUAUCACAAAACAAACAGAGAAACGAUGGUGGAAAUCGCGGAUUCAAUCCGCGGUAAAAAUAUCUACAUAGUUCAAACUGGAACAAAGGAUGUUAACAAUAACAUUAUGGAAUUGUUAAUUAUGGCAUAUGCAUGCAAGACUUCAUCAGCACGAUCCAUUGUUGGUGUCAUUCCAUAUCUGCCGUACAGUAAGCAGUGCAAAAUGAGGAAACGUGGAUGUAUUGUUACAAAGCUGUUAGCUAAAAUGAUGUGCAAGUCUGGCUUAACACACAUAAUUACAAUGGACUUGCAUCAGAAGGAGAUACAAGGUUUCUUUGAUUGUCCGGUUGAUAACUUGAGAGCAUCGCCAUUUUUGUUACAGUAUAUACAAGAGAGCAUACCGGACUACCGUAACUCUGUAAUAGUAGCCCGCAAUCCUGGUUCAGCAAAAAAAGCCACAUCAUAUGCUGAAAGAUUGCGCCUUGCCAUCGCUGUCAUUCACGGAGAGCAGAAGGAGGCAGAGAGUGACGAAGUGGAUGGUAGAUACUCACCACCCUGCAUUCCUAGUGUUGACAGAUCACGCACUAUGGAUGUCUCUGUUGGAGUACCAGUGCACCCAGCCAAAGAAAAACCACCAAUUAAUGUAGUAGGAGAUGUUGGAGGUAGAAUUGCUAUUAUGGUGGAUGACAUGAUUGACGACGUCCAAUCAUUUGUAGCUGCAGCAGAAGUACUAAAAGAGUGUGGAGCAUAUAAAAUUUAUGUAUUAGCAACACAUGGUCUGCUGUCUUCAGAUGCACCGCGACUCAUCGAAGAUUCCCCCAUCGAUGAAGUGGUGGUCACAAACACAGUACCACACGAGCUACAGAAAAUGCAGUGUAACAAAAUCAAAACCAUCGACAUAUCGGUACUGCUCAGUGAGGCAAUCAGGCGCAUCCACAAUAAAGAAUCUAUGUCAUAUCUCUUCAAAAAUGUCACUCUUGAAGAUUAAAUUAGUAUAAUAAAUCAUAUUUUUAUUUUUUACCAUGUGAAAAGUUUCUUAUAUACGUAUUAUUAAGUAUUUUUUUAGUAUUACCAACAAUAGUAUCAUUUUAAUUCAAAAAUCAGAACAAAUAUUUGUUUAAAAAUGUAUUAAACUAAAUAUGCAGUAUAACAGUCACAAUAAAUGACAUACAAAUUUAAAUAUAAAUUUGAUUUGAAGAUGAAACAAGUAAUUAAAUAUUGAUUUAGGAUGGAUAAAAAUAGUUUUGAUUUUUUUAUUUUUUUUUUAAUAAGGUAAGCAUUUUGUUUUAUAGGUUUCCGGCUAGCAAGGUUUUAAACUCCAUUUUGUAAAUUGUUUAUUAUUCUAUGUGUGUGUGAUAAUUAGUAAAAUGAUAAUGCUAUAUUUUACAAUUUUUCCAUUUUGAUUUGCAUUAUAUGAAUAAAUUUUAAACUUAACUGUGAUUAUGUAUUUGUAAUGAUGGGAAUCGAAAACUUAUUGUGUCUAAUAAAGUCCAAAGCUUAUAAAAAUAAUGAAUAAGUUAAAAAUAAUUGUAUAGAAUAGUAGUAAAUUACUUGAAUCUUAUAUAUUGUAUUGUUAUAUCUAUACUUUCAUUAAAUAUUUUUGUGGCA